AUGUCCUGGAAACCGUUUGUACCCAAUGUAGAAGAGUGGAAAAAUCAUUUUUUACGAGCCAGCCAGAUGAAAUAUAUUCCUAAACAAAAGUCUUACGUGAUUGGACAGUUUGGUAAAGGUGAAUCUGUUUUGCAGCCAAAGAUAGAACUCGUAACACCCACUCAACAGGCGGUAGAGAGGGCGAAAUCAGACCUGAAAAAACGAGAGCGGGAAGGGGGACCAGUUUUAAAGUUUGAGCCAGAUGAACCAAAACCAAAGAAGACAAAGAAAAAACAAGUCAUUACACCCACAGUUUCCACAAAUUAUGCCUAUAAAUCAUACAUGGACGUUUUUCUAAAGUAUGGAACCUCAUCUCAGAAACCACCGUUAGAAGCCCAGUUAUUCAUUCCCGAUUCCGCUGGAUUUAUGGAUAUGUCUGAUGCGUUUGGAGGGGGGAAUAUGGGAUUAUUUCAGAGGGCUUUACUCACGGAAAAGAGUUCUUUUGUGGAUUUAGAGGGUCCGUUAUACAUGGAUAUUUGUCAACAAGAUCGUUAUCUCAUUAACGGCGUGCAGGUGGGGAUUAAAUUAUGGCCGAGCAGAGAGUCGUUUUGUUUGAUAUCUGCCGUAAGCUCACCAAAAUAUCGGAUUCAUAUUGAAGAUAGCAUUUUAAGAUGUUGUUACCUGAAAAUUAAUCCCGGAGUCCUCUUAGGACAUAAUGAAGCAAUCAAAAAGCAACCAGCACUAUAUCCUUUUAUGAAAUCAGAUAUUAAAUGUUUCGGAAUUCCAGCUGGUCAGUUUCACCUAAACGUGGAUGAUGUUUUUCAGGGAGAAAUUCCACAACACCUUGUUGUGGGUUUCGUUUCCUCUAAAUCUUACAGCGGCAGUUAUGGCACGAACCCUUUUAAUUUUCAACAUUUCAAUUGUAACUUUGCUGCUUUUUACGUAGAUGGAAAAUCUGUUCCAUCUGCACCAUUCGAGCCUAAUUUUACUUCCGACAAUUUCAUCAGUGAAUACCUGAGUUUGUUUGCUGGUAAGAAGUAUGAAACAGAAAACCAAGAACUGGUGCUCAGUCGAUCGGAUUUUUCUAGGGGAUAUUGUUUUUUUUUUGUGUUCAGUAUUAACCCGUCAUGCGAAAAUGAUGAUACAUUACCACUUUUAAGGAAGGGGCACACCCGUCUUCAGCUCAAAUUUGACAAAGCACUCCCUGUGCAGUCUCAGUCCCAGACUGGUGCAACUGCGGAUUAA